UAAUAAGCUGUAUCGUCUACAUGAAGGCGAAGGAGCACGCGCGCUCCUCUUGCUGUGAGUGUGUCGGGUUUGACUUGGCUCUGCACACUUAUUUCGCUAGCUGGCUCUUUGCGAGUGACGCCUCCUUGGAUCUUAAACCAUGGCGUUAAACCUCAUCAUCAACACUAGCAACCCGCCAUUAGGAGCUCUCCUGACUGCCGAGCACGUGAAAGGAAGCGUGCAGCUGUCCGUGGAGGAAGGCAAAGACACCCGCCUGCAUGUGUCAGAUACCAUCCAGUUCAACGAUGCCAACUCCAUCAGCCGCUACCUGGCGCGGGUGGCGCCUGCACUGGGCCUCUAUGGAGCCAACAUGAUGGAGCAGACUGAGGUGGACCACUGGCUGGAGUUCAGCGCUCGCCGUCUUUGCGGUCAGCCUGACUUGGGGGUGGCCCUGGCCGAGCUGGACAAGGCCCUGUCGCUGAGAACCUUCCUGGUGGGGCACGCCCUCACCCUGGCCGACCUGUCUGUGUGGGCCGCCCUCAAAAGUCACGGCGACUGGUCCAACCAGAACAAAGCCUUCAGCCACGUCAGUCGCUGGUUCUUCUUCCUGAGCUCUCAGGUUCCCUUCACAGCCUUGGACAACAAAUACACCAGCAAGAAAGCUCCACCCACCAGGUCCAGUUCUGAGGUGAAGGAGAAGAAGGCGGACCUCGGAAAAUUUGUGGAUUUGCCCGGAGCCGAGAUGGGCAAGGUGGUGGUUAGAUUCCCACCCGAAGCCAGCGGGUAUCUGCACAUCGGCCACGCCAAGGCCGCUCUGCUCAACCAGCACUACCAGGUCACCUUCAAAGGCCAGCUCAUCAUGCGCUUUGACGACACCAACCCUGAGAAGGAGAAGGAGGACUUUGAGAAGGUGAUCCUGGAGGACGUGGCCAUGCUGCAGAUCCAACCGGACCAGUUCACCUACACCAGCGACCAUUUUGCCGUCAUCAUGCAGCUGGGCGAGCAGAUGCUGAGAGAGGGCAAGGCUUACAUUGACGACACGCCUCCCGAGCAGAUGAAGCAGGAGAGGGAGCAGCGCGUAGAGUCCAAGUGCAGGAAGAACUCUGUGGAGCAGAACAUGAAGAUGUGGUCGGAGAUGAAAGCUGGCACCGAGCUGGGCCAGUCCUGCUGCAUGAGAGCCAAGAUCGACAUGAACUCCAACAAUGGCUGCCUGAGGGACCCCACCCUGUACCGCUGCAAGAACGCCCCCCACCCUCGCACAGGAAAUGCAUACAAAGUCUACCCAACGUACGACUUUGCCUGCCCCAUCGUGGACAGCAGGGAGAAUGUCACCCACGCUCUCAGGACCACCGAGUACCACGACCGCGACGAGCAGUACUACUGGAUCAUCAACGCCCUGGGCAUCAGGAAGCCAUACAUCUGGGAGUACUCCCGACUCAACCUCAACAACACGGUGCUGUCCAAGAGGAAGCUCACCUGGUUUGUGGAGGAAGGCUACGUCGACGGAUGGGACGACCCUCGCUUCCCCACCGUCAGAGGCGUCCUGAGGAGAGGGAUGACCGUGGAGGGACUCAGGCAGUUCAUAUCAGCACAGGGUGGUUCGAGGUCCGUGGUGAACAUGGAGUGGGACAAGAUUUGGGCCUUUAAUAAGAAGCUGCCUGUUAGCUGUGUGAAGGUUAUUGACCCGGUAGCCCCCAGAUACACAGCUCUGUCCAGCUCCUAUGUGGUUCCCGUUUCUGUCGCGAAAGCGACAGAGGAGAUGAAGGAAGUGGCCAAACAUCCCAAGAAUGCCGAGGUGGGGAUGAAGCAGGUGUGGUACGGACCCCGCGUCCUGGUGGAAGGAGCGGACGCCGAGACGUUCUCAGAGGGAGAGGUGGUCACCUUCAUCAACUGGGGAAACCUCAUCAUCACCAAGAUCAACAAAGCGGCAGAUGGCAAAGUUCUCUCUAUGGACGCUCGCCUGGAUCUGGACAACAAGGACUACAAGAAGACCACCAAGAUCACCUGGCUGGCGGAGUCGAGCAGCGCCCCCCUGCUGCCCACCGUCUGCAUCAACUACCAGCCGCUCAUCACCAAGGCGGUCAUCACCAAGGACGACAACUUUAAAGAUUACAUCAACAAGGAGAGCAAGAUGGAGGAGAAGAUGCUGGGCGACCCCUGUCUCAAGGACCUGAAGAAAGGCGACAUCAUUCAGCUGCAGAGGCGGGGCUUCUACAUCUGUGACCAAAUCUAUGAGCCAGUGAGUCCUCACAGCUGUAAGGAGAGUCCGUGUGUCCUGAUCUACGUUCCCGAUGGUCACACCAAGGAGAUGCCCACUGCUGGCUCCAAGGACAAAGACAAGGAGAAGAGCAAGAGCCAAGCACCAGCCAACACACCGGUGCCCGCCGCCAAAGUCACCCCAGCCUCCACCCUGGCACCCACCGCGGCCUCCUCACCGGGUGACGUCUUCUCCAGCAUCGUCGCUCAAGGCGACGCUGUCCGCCAGCUGAAGACGGCCAAGGCGCCCAAAGAGGACGUGGACAAGGCGGUCCAGAAGCUUCUCUCUCUGAAGGCUCAGUUUAAGGAGCAGACUGGUUUGGACUACAAGCCAGGAAUGGCUCCGCCCACCGCCACCCCAGCUUCAGCUGCCCAAUCUGGAGACUCCGCCCCUUGCCCAUACACGCGUGUCGCUCAGCAGGGCGAGCUGGUCAGGAAGCUGAAGGCAGAGCAGGCGUCGAAGGACCAAAUCGAUGCGGCAGUCAAGCAGCUCCUGGCACUCAAGGGGGAGUUUAAAAAGCUGACGGGUCAGGAUUACAAACCCGGGAUGGUCCAGUCUGCUUCCCCUGCUCCUUCCGCUGUGACUUCCUCCUCUUCCUCUUCCUCCUCCUCCUCCUCCUACUGCUCCUCCGCCUCAUCUUCUGCUGCAUCCAGCUUGUACGAGCGCGUCGUACAACAGGGAGAAGUUGUCAGGAAACUGAAGGCGCAAAAAGCCCCCAAGGAUCAAGUGGAAGCGGCGGUGAAGCAGCUGCUCGCCCUGAAGGCCGAGUUCAAACAGGCCACCGGCGAGGACUACAAACCCGGAGCAGCACCUCCGGUUCAGAAAGCCUCCGCUCCGAUCCAAAGCGCCACCGCCUCUGCCGCCGGCCUCUUUGAGAAGGUGGCUGAGCAGGGAGACGUGGUCAGGAAACUGAAGGCUGAAAAGGCCCCCAGGGACCAGGUGGAUGAAGCAGUGAAGACCUUGCUGGACCUGAAGAACAACUACAAGACUCUGACCGGGCAGGAGUACAAACCGGUGUCGGCUGCCGGAGGCGAGGACAAGAACCGCAAGGAGAGGGAGAACAAGUCUGAGAAGCAGGGAGGAGGUGGAGCAGCUGGUGGUGGUGGAGCAAAGAAGGGGAAAGGAGACAAGGCCAAUCAGGGCAAGGAUCCCUCCGGAGGAGCUGGAGGCGCAGGAGACAGUCAGGGUCCUAAGAAGCAAACACGGUUGGGUCUGGAAGCUAAGAAAGAGGAGAACCUGGCAGACUGGUACUCUCAGGUGAUCACCAAAGCCGAGAUGAUCGAGUACUACGACGUGAGCGGCUGCUACGUCCUGCGACCCUGGUCCUUCGCCAUCUGGGAGGCCAUUAAAGACUUCUUUGACCGGGAGAUCAAGAAGCUGGGAGUGGAGAACUGCUACUUCCCCAUGUUUGUCUCUCAGGCUGCCCUGGAGAAAGAGAAGACCCACAUUGCGGACUUUGCUCCAGAGGUUGCCUGGGUAACCCGAUCAGGGAAGACGGAGCUGGCAGAGCCCAUUGCUGUCAGACCCACCAGUGAGACAGUGAUGUACCCGGCCUACGCCAAAUGGGUGCAGUCCCACAGGGACCUGCCGAUCAAACUCAACCAGUGGUGCAACGUGGUGAGAUGGGAGUUCAAGCACCCCCAGCCCUUCCUGAGGACGCGAGAGUUCCUGUGGCAGGAGGGACACACGGCCUUCGCUACCAAAGAGGAGGCAGCGGAGGAGGUGCUUCAGAUCCUGGACCUGUACGCCAGAGUGUACGAGGAGCUGAUGGCCAUCCCCGUGGUGAAGGGAAGGAAGACUGAGAAGGAGAAGUUUGCCGGAGGAGAUUACACCACCACCGUGGAAGCCUACAUCUCCGCCAGCGGACGAGCCAUCCAGGGUGCGACCUCCCACCAUCUGGGUCAGAACUUCUCCAAGAUGUUUGAGAUCAUGUUUGAGGAUCCCAAGAAGCCCGGCGAGAAGCAGCUGGCCUUCCAGAACUCCUGGGGCCUCACCACCAGGACCAUCGGUGUCCUCACCAUGGUCCAUGGAGACAACAUGGGGCUGGUCCUUCCGCCCAGAGUGGCCUGCCUGCAGGUUGUCAUCAUUCCAUGCGGCAUCACGGCGUCUCUGCCAGAGCAGGACAAGGAGGCGCUGAUGAACCAGUGCUCCAAAUACGUCAACAGGCUGCAGGCUGCUAACAUCAGAGUGAAGAGCGACCUCAGAGACAACUACUCGCCAGGGUGGAAGUUCAACCACUGGGAGCUGAAGGGCGUUCCCAUCCGUCUCGAAGUGGGCCCCAAGGACAUGCAGCAGCGCCAGUGUGUCGCCGUGAGGAGAGACACGGGCGAGAAGAUGACCAUCCCGGACGCCGAGGUGGAGAAGAAGCUGACCGCCAUCUUGGAGGACAUUCAGAGCUGCCUGUUCAAGAAAGCGUCAAAUGACCUGCACAGUCACAUGGUGGUUGCAGACACGAUGGAACAGUUCCAGAAGGACUUGGACUUCGGCAAGAUCGUCCAGAUCCCCUUCUGUGGAGGCAUCGAGUGCGAGGACUGGAUCAAGAAGACCACUGCCAAGGACCAGGACCUGGAGCCCGGAGCUCCAUCCAUGGGAGCAAAGAGCUUGUGUAUCCCCUUCUCCCCCCUGAAGACGCUGCAGCCGGGUCAGAUGUGCGUGAGCGGCAAAGAGGCAGCACAGUACUACACCAUGUUUGGACGUAGCUACUGAGGACGUCUGCUGGAGCAUCAUCGCUAUAAGCAAAGGGCUCCCCCCACCCCCCCACCCCCCCUUUCCAUCUUUUUCUAUCCUGUGGGUGGGGUUUUCAAUGGCACUAUAUAUUCUCUGGUAAUUUUUUUAAGGAAAACAUGUCAUCAUAGGACGAGGAGAUAGAGAAACCAUUUAACCUCAGUCGUGUGUGUGAGAAAUGAGCAUUUUUCUCUGCGAUUCCACUUUCCUGAAAGCCUAAACUGGAUAGAAAUGGUCUCCAAAGAGCUGGCUCAUGAAUAAAUAUUAAAUACUUAUCAUGUGGUAGGUUAACUUUUGCAGUAUGCCGUACUAAAACUACUUUUGUAUUUUUAUUUGACUUUGUUUUUGCAUCUCCCCAGUUCAUGUAAUCAUGCUCUUUAGCUGCCAGGAGUCCUCUGUCUCUCCCACGCAGGCCGCCUCUCUCUCAGGUACUCUGACAUGAAGUUUGGAUAUUUUUCAUCCACCCCCCCUCCCGCAUCAGAUCAGCGCUGCUCGUCAGUGUCAUUUCCAUCCUGCCUGUCCGCAGCAGCCAUAAUAAUUUACAGCUGCGAUUGAACUGUAUUUGGUUAAUUAGCCAGCCAGCCUGGGGGAAGUCGCCUUGUAAACACAACCUGUCUGUAAUAAAGUUAUUUCUGUGGCAACACGUGUGUUUCUAUUAUUCCCCCAGGACACCAUCCGUAGUCUAAUUAGGAUCAUGCCCCAACGUUGACAGGCAUGCGUACAAGCACGUGGGGGCCACACAAACUAUUGAGAAUCAUUUUGAGUUGCUACAAUGACAUUUUAGCAAAAUGGACCAGUGUGCUGCAUCAUUUUUUCACGUUCAUUUUUGGGGUGUCUUUGAUUUCCCCCCUCUAUAGGGUGAAUAUUUUCAUUUCUAUCAAAUUAUGUGGCAUCAUUUUGUUACUAAUACAUCACCCACUUAUUAUAAGGAAAGAUAUUCAAGAUCAUCUUUCCCCCAGUUUAGAUCUGAUGUGUUUUCGAAGUGUUCCUCUAAUUUUUUUGAGCAGUGUAUAUAUGUGUAUAUACUGUGUAUAUAUAGUAUAGAAAAAUGGCCGUUGCAUGCUUUGAUUUCUCAGCAUUCGGCCUUUUGGUGGGAAAAUUUGGACACAUCUGUCCUAAACUAAGCGAAGAAGGCGUUGGUUAGACGCCGCAUCGAGUGGGUUUGGCCAGUGCUGCCAUACGUCGACGC